AGCCCGAUCGCGGCCGAACCGCCGCGUCCCCGCAGCCGCAACCGGAGCGGAGCCGCCCCGGAUCGAGCCGCGAUGGCAGAGGCUUUGCCGGCGCGCAGAGGAGCCGCCCUGCUGCCCCGGAGCUGCUGCAGCCACCGGGGAAUCGCCAGCAGCCCUGCCGAGCUGCCUGGGUGCAAGAUGACCCUCACCACCACGCCAGCAGCCAGCAUCACCCAGGCUUGCUUUUGCCUCCUGCUGUGCGUCCCCUGGGGCAGCUCCUGCCCACCGAGCUGCCAGUGCACGGAGAGGGCAGGGGCGAAGGCCGUCCUCUGCAGCUCCCGGCACUUGGAGGAGAUCCCCAAGGACAUCCCCAGAGACGCGGUGUUCCUCAAGCUGGAUGCUAACAGCAUCACCAGGAUCCCCAGCAAUGCCUUCAGGCACCUCUCCCACCUGGAGGAACUCGAUCUCUCCAGAAAUGCCAUUGAGAAGAUCGACAGGGCGGCUUUCAAAGGGGUGGCUGCCGGGCUGCGUACCCUCGACCUCUCCAGCAACCGCAUCCGCAGCGUCCCCAAAGAAGCCUUGCUGGCGCUCAACGCCAAGCUCCGGCUGGCCAACAACCCCUGGCACUGCGAGUGUGCCUUGCAGGAGGUGCUGUGGGAGGCACGGCUGGACCCCGACUCCGUCCAGGACAUCACCUGCCACACGGCCCCGCGCGAGGAGUACGUGGGCAAGCCGCUGCUCCAGGUCCUGGAUGCCGGCGUCAACUUCUGCAGCGUGCGCCAGCGGACCACGGACGUGGCCAUGUUCAUCACCAUGUUCGCCUGGUUUGCCAUGGUCAUCGUCUAUGUGAUCUGCUACGUCCGGCACAAUCGAGAGGACACUUGCAAGCACGUGGAUUACCUGAAGUCGCUGCCGAGCGCCCAGGGCCGUGCAGAAACCACCAGCACCGCCUUGUAGCGCAGGAUUGGGGCGCCCUGUUCCCAGCUUCUUCGCAGGGAGCCGGGUGACGACCCGGUGGGUUUCAAAGCUUCUCUGUGGGAUUUUUCCAGUGCUUGCUCCGGUCCUGCAAACGAGCGCCACUGACUUUGCCCGUCCCCAGAGACGCUGGACUGAGCGUGAGCAAACGAGAGGGGGGAGGGAUGCCGGGUACACCCCAGAUUCCCAGGGAGGAACCCCCCCACCCCACGCAGACCCCUUCUCCCCUGCCAGAGCUGGGCUCGCAGGGAAAGCAGCCCCAGCCACAAGCUCGCAGUCCAUCUGGUUUGGAGAGAACAAGGCCCUGGGGGGAUACAGAUGAGGGCGAGGGCUUUUGUGGGGCCAAGAGGUCCCCCCAUCCUCGCUUCGGUGAGGGACCGGCCUCGCAGAGAGCAGGACACCCACCCCAGCCCCUACGCGGCACCUCGGCAGCCUCUGCCUGCUGCCACCAACCCAGGGGUGAUCUCCCAAACCUCUGAUUUCUCAAUAAAGCUCCGCACACAGGAAAAACC